GGUGACGCGGCCCCCGCCGAGCGCUGUGAUUGGCCCUUUCGAGGGAAACUAAAGCUCGCGACAAAUGGUCGGGAGCUGCGAGUGUGCGAGUGCCAGCAGCGCCGUCUGAAAACCACGAUACGGCUCACGGAGCUGCCUCCGAUGGGACUUAAUCACAUCAAGGAGACUCUCAAAGAGAGCAUUUGUACUGUAAAACACACCGUUACAGAUUCAUACACAGUAUCGAAGCAUUUAUAUAUAUAUUUGGCUUUAAUUUAGAGGAUUCCAAAUGGCUGCGUUGUUGCUAUUAUUCAGAGCUUAACAUUGCUGCUUCACACAGCAGCAAUGCUCAGCAGGCUCUGGUGGAUGAUGUCAAAUUAUUGAGUGCGCAGAUCAAUCAUUACCCUUUCACAUAGUUAUUUUCCAGCGUUACGCUCCGCCCACCUUAUUAUUUUAUUAUUUCAAAUGUUGUUAAAAUAAUCGUCAAAACAAACGUACCCCCUAAAUAAAUCGUACAAAUAACCACAACAGUUAGUCAUGCUAAAUAUCAAACUUCAUGAGUCAUAAAUGAAAAGUCAUGUGAAACUGAAAAGUGUAUCGACGGUAAUCACCCAGGUGCGUACAAAUCUCCAUCAGUGGGCGUGGUUUAAAGUCAGCCGUGGUCGCAUAUAAAUCAUUUCCGGUCGCUCUGUUGUUAGUAAUGCUGCCACCUGAGUUCUUGUAGAAAUUUGCAAACGAUUGCCGUGAACCCGCUACAGACAUGAGUUUAUCAAAGCCCUACAUUGGCUGUAAAAUAUGGUUGCUUUCAAAAGCUCUAAAUCGUUAUGAGGGGAUUUUGUACACAAUUGAUAAGGUGAACUCCACAGUAGUGUUGGCAAAAGUUAAGUGUUUUGGAACCGAGGGACGGCCCACCGACAGACCGACGCCACCCAAAGAGGAUAUCUAUGAGUACAUCACUUUCCGGGGAAGUGAUAUUAAGGAUAUCACACUGUGUGAACCUCCAAAAUCUCACCACGGCCGACCACUGGAUCCCGCAAAAGUACAGUCAGCCAGUGUAGGCUCCCCAGGUGUGUACUCAGCUCUUGGACCAUCUAGCCCCCUUAGGAUGCCUGCCUACAACCAGCUGGGUGCCAGCUCUCUGCUUAACCAACAGUAUGCUGCAGCGCUUGGCCUUGGGUCUGUACUUCCUGGUGUACACGUCAGAAGGGUCCCAAUGGUGGAAAAGGCGGUUCAAACCCUCCAUGUGGUUGGAUUCCGGCAGAUGGGAGGCUCUGCUGCGUCCCAGGAGCGGCCGCUGCAGUGGGAGAGAAGGAGGCUCAUGCAGAGGCCCAGAGAAGAGAGUCCCCUGGCCAGAAAGAGCCCCGCAGAGGGCAGUGUACCCAAUGCUCAGCAGGAAACUCGGCAGCAGAUUUAUGAAAACAAGCCGCCACCUAGAAAGAGAGGAGCUCGGCGGCGCAGAAACCGUAGUAGAGGCCAGCUGAUGGCGGCCCACGUUCCAUCUGCCAGCCUUAAGUUUGACACCGACUUUGAUUUUGAUUCCUCAAAUGCACAGUUUAUUAAGGAGGAGCUGGAGAGGGAGGUGCGGGUCAGGAUGAAAGAUGGGAAAGACGAAAAGGAAAAUGAAAAGCAGGAAUUGCUCUCGACUGCAACGGGCGACGAUCCCUUUGGCCCCAAAUGCUACUACAACAAAGCAAAGUCUUUCUUCGACAACAUCUCGUCCGAUAAUAAGUUCAGGCUAACGUGGUCCGAGGAGCGGAAGCGCAACCUGGAGACUUUCGGGGUCCCUGGACGGUUCCUGAGGGGCCAAGGCUACAGGGGUGGCUAUACUGGACUCAGAGGUCGGGGCACGAGUCGGAUUGAAUCCCCUUGCAGAACCAGGAGCACAGCUGGAGAGACUCUUCCCCAACGCCUACCCCAACGCAACCGUCUGAUUGAAUCUCCUUAUAGAACCAGGAGCACAGUUGGAGAGGCCCUUCCCCAACGCCUACCCAAACGCACCAGUCUGAUUGAAUCUCCUUAUAGAACCAGGAGCACAGUUGGAGAGGCCCUUCCCCAACGCACCAGUCUGAUUGAAUCUCCUUAUAGAACCAGGAGCACAGUUGGAGAGGCCCUUCCCCAACGCCUACCCAAACGCACCAGUCUGAUUGAAUCUCCUUGUAGAACCAGGAGCACAGUUGGAGAGGCCCUUCCCCAACGCCUACCCCAACGCACCAGUCUGAUUGAAUCUCCUUAUAGAAUCAGGAGCACAGUUGGAGAGGCCCUUCCCCAACGCCUACCCAAACGCACCAGUCUGAUUGAAUCUCCUUACAGAACCAGGAGCACAGUUGGAGAGGCCCUUCCCCAACGCCUACCCCAACGCAACCGUCUGAUUGAAUCUCCUUAUAGAAUCAGGAGCACAGCUGGAGAGGCCCUUCCCCAACGCACCAGUCUGAUUGAAUCUCCUUAUAGAACCAGGAGCACAGUUGGAGAGGCCCUUCCCCAACGCCUACCCCAACGCACCAGUCUGAUUGAAUCUCCUUAUAGAAUCAGGAGCACAGCUGGAGAGGCCCUUCCCCAACGCACCAGUCUGAUUGAAUCUCCUAAAAGAACCAGGAGCACAGCUGGAGAGGCCCUUCCCCAAUGUCGUGCGUAUGUGUAAGAAAUGGGAAUGCUGCCCACUAUGAUGGUCAGCCAAAGGAGCUCUGUCGCAUAUGAGGUGUUUUGUUCCGCCCCAUAUUGCCAGGAUUGUGUUUAUUUUGUCAUUUGGCCCCAUUUUAAAUAUGGAUGUGUGCCUCACUAAAUGGUCCAAUUGGGUUGCCCCUCACAAUGUUGGCCUGAAGAUAUUUUCUUUUUGUUUUACCAUUCAAUUAAAUGGGGGGGGGGGAGAGAUGUUAUGUUUUUGUUUUCUGCUAUAUUUGGAAGAUUUUCCCUCCCAAAUGUUUAUUGAUUUCUUGUUUAAAUUGAAUAAUAAAAUAGCUGGCUUUGCCUCUUGGGCGAGCAUUUAUAAAAAUGUUUAACUAUGAAUAUUCACCUGAUAUGUAUUUAAAGGCUGAAACUUGUGCUUUGUAUUGUCGUUAUUGAAGCAACAAGAGAUCGAUGUAAGUAAAUAAAAUGCUCUUUUGAGGAUGGUUCACAUUA